CGUUCACACCCCAGCCAGGCUUCUCCUUCUACGGACGACGCUUAGCUUGCGUUUCACAUAAGAAGACCUGCCCCGCCGCUGCAGUCCGUACCCUCUUCCCCUUUUCUCUUCUCCGCAGAGGUAUCUCUCCUUCAGCCCCCUCAUUCCUGUCCACCCCCCGCCCCCCCGCGCGCCCGCAACUUUCCUAGUCCCCCGAUCAACAGCCUGACAAGAUGGUCAACAUCACUUACGGAGUAUUGCUUGCUCCUGAUGGCGCCACCGAAAAUUCUACCCUUCUCACCAGCCAGGGAACUGACUUGAUCGUCACCUACGGCUCCAACAACGAGAGCAUUGUGGCGUACAACCCAGGAGAUCUGGCCUGGAUCUUGACCUGCACAGCUCUCGUGUGGCUCAUGAUUCCAGGUCUUGGUUACCUGUACUCUGGCUUGACGAGAAGGAAGAAUGCGCUUCACAUGCUCCUCAUGACCAUCAUGGCUCUUGCCGUAGUAAGCAUUCAAUGGGUCUUCUGGGGCUACUCUCUCGCCUUCUCACCUACGGGAGGCAAAUUCCUGGGUAACCUCAACCAUUUCGGUUUUAUCGAUGUGCUGCAAGCUCCCAAUGCCAACGCCAACAACAAGAUUCCCGACAUUGUCUACGCCAUGUACCAGUGCAUGUUCGCCAGUCUGGUUCCCGCCAUUGCUAUCGGAGCCGCAUGCGAGCGUGCGCGCGUCUGGCCUUUCAUCGUCUUUGUCUUUGUCUGGACUACGCUGGUGUACGACCCCAUCGCUUCUUGGGUGUGGAACAGCGCCGGUUGGGCCUACAACUGGGGUGUGCUGGACUAUGCCGGUGGAGGACCUGUAGAGAUUUGCUCCGGUAUUACCGGCCUCGUCAUCAGCUACUACCUCGGCAAGCGUCGCGGCUACGGAACUGAGCGUCUGCUCUUCAAGCCCCACAACGUGUCCCACGUUGUGCUCGGCACCGCAUUCCUCUGGUUCGGAUGGCUCGGCUUCAAUGGAGGAUCGACGUUCGCUGCAAACCUCCGCGCCGGCAUGUCCAUCGCUACCACCAACACUGCUGCGAGCAUGGCAGGACUCACCUGGAUGUUUAUGGACUGGAGAUUGGAGCGCAAGUGGUCCGUUGUUGGCUUCUGCACCGGUGCCAUUGCUGGACUGGUGGCCAUCACCCCGGCAGCAGGAUUCAUUGGUGUGCCAGCUUCCUUGGCUGUCGGUUUCCUCUCCGCUUUCUUCUCCAACUUGGCAACACAAUUGAAGGCUCCCAUGCGAUGCGACGAUGCUAUGGAUGUAUUCGCCGUACACGCUCUCGCGGGAUGGGUCGGGCUUCUCUGCACUGGUCUGUUCGCGCAAGCUUCUGUCGCCAACAAUGAUGGUAUCCUCGAGAUCCCUGGUGGAUGGAUCGACCAACACUACGUACAGCUUGCCAUCCAAUUGGCAUGGUGCGCUGCCACCACCGCGUGGACCGGUGGCGUGACCUUCGCCAUCAUGCUCGUCAUCGACCACAUCCCCUACGUGGGACCUUUCCGCGCAUCUGAGACCGCAGAGAUUAUCGGUGUGGACGAGGAUCAGUGUGGAGAAUGGGCGCAGGACAGCUUCUUCAUCAACAGAGAUCUCGAGGGCAACUGCUCUCCUGCUGACUUGGGACACCACGCCCAGCCUCUCAACAUUCACGAGAAGGCGACAGAUUUGAGCGCUCCCAGCGCAUCUUCCGAAGAGGGAAACGGCACUGCCGCGCCCUCUCCUGCACCUGCAGAGGCCACCAAAGCAUGAGGCAUUUGCCAUGCAGUGCCUAGCUCCGCUCGUCGUCUUGCCUUUCAUCUGUUCAUUCUUUCCAAUCGCUUUUGCCUCGGUGGACUGCAUUCCACCGGCCAGUCUACUGCUAUCUUUGAGACCGUACCUACUUAUUCCCUCGCAUCUGAAUUGAGGAUCCUACCAGACCUCACUGGGCGUCGUCCUUUCUUCGCUUUUGGGAUGGCGUGCCACCAUUAGAUCAUGCUCUCAUCUGGCCGAUUGUACCAUCAAAUGACACGGCUGUUCGCCCACGCGCUCGCCAAAAGUAUACAAGCAACCAAUGGAGAUUGAGUUGCGAGUUG